GGCCGCCGCGCCUCUCUCGCAGCCGUGCUGCUGCGGGCGCGGGAGGCGGCGCAGUUCCUGGGGCCCAGGCAGCGUCGCGCCUACCAGCUCUUCGAGGAGGCCAAGCAGGGGCACCUGGAGCGCGAGUGCGUGGAGGAGCUGUGCAGCAAGGAGGAGGCCCGGGAGGUGUUCGAGAACGACCCCGAGACGGACUAUUUCUACCCGCGAUACUUGGAGUGCAUCGGCAAGCAUGGGUCUCCAUACUCCAGAAGCCCGGACUUCGCGGCCUGCGUCCAGAGCCUGCCCGACCAGUGCACUCCAAACCCCUGCGAUAAGGAGGGCGCCCAAGUCUGCCAGGACCUCAUGGGCAACUUCUUCUGCCUGUGCAACGCCGGCUGGGGGGGCCGGCUCUGUGACAAAGAUGUCAACGAGUGCAGCCAAGAGAAUGGCGGCUGCAGCCAGGUCUGCCAAAACCAGCCGGGCAGCUUCCACUGCGCCUGCUACAGCGGCUUCGCACUCUCCGCAGACGGCAGGACCUGCCAGGACAUAGAUGAAUGCGCAGACCCGGGGGCCUGCGGAGAGGCGCGCUGCGCGAACCUGCCCGGCUCCUACUCGUGCCUGUGCGACGAGGGCUUCGCGUACAGCUCCCAGGACAAGGCCUGCCGAGAUGUGGACGAGUGUCUGCAGGGCCGCUGCGAACAGGCCUGUGUCAACUCCCCGGGGAGCUACAGCUGCCACUGCGACGGGCGCGGCGGCCUCAAGCUGUCCCCAGACAUGGACACCUGUGAGGACAUCUUGCCCUGUGUGCCCUUCAGUGUGGCCAAGAGCGUGAAGUCCUUGUACCUGGGCCGGAUGUUCAGCGGGACCCCCGUGAUCAGAUUGCGCUUCAAGCGGCUGCAGCCCACCAGACUCGUGGCUGAGUUCGACUUCCGGACCUUUGACCCCGAGGGGGUGCUCUUCUUUGCCGGAGGCCGCCAGGACAGCACCUGGAUCGUCCUGGCCCUGCGGGCCGGCCGGCUGGAGCUGCAGCUGCGCUACAAUGGUGUGGGCCGCGUCACCAGCAGUGGGCCCGUCAUCAACCACGGCACGUGGCAGACGAUCUCCGUGGAGGAGCUGGAGCGAGACGUGGUGGUGAAGGUGAACAAGGACGCCGUCAUGAAGAUCGCGGUGGCCGGGGACUUGUUUCAGCGGGACAGAGGCCUGUACCACCUGAACCUCACCGUGGGCGGCAUUCCCUUCAAGGAGAAGGACCUGGUACAGCCUAUAAACCCGCGCCUGGACGGCUGCAUGCGGAGCUGGAACUGGCUGAACGGGGAGGACUCCGCCAUCCAGGAGACGGUGCGGGCGAACGCCAGGAUGCAGUGCUUCUCGGUGACAGAGAGGGGGUCCUUCUACCCCGGGAACGGGUUUGCCUUCUACAGCCUGGACUACGUGCGGACCUCCCUGGACGUCGGGACGGAAACCACCUGGGAAAUAAAAGUCCUGGCUCGGAUUCGCCCCGCCACAGACACCGGGGUGCUGCUCGCGCUCUGGGCGCCCGACCACCGCGCCGUGCCCUUGUCCGUGGCCCUGGUCGACUACCACUCCUCGAAGAAGCUCAAGAAACAGCUGGUGGUCCUGGCGGUGGAGAGCAUGGCUCUGGCCCUGGUAGAGAUCAAGGCGUGUGACGGACAGGAGCACGUGGUCUCCGUGUCCCUGCAGGAGGGGGCGGCCGCGCUGGAGGUGGACGGCACCCGGGGCUGGAGUGAGGCCAGCGCCACGCAGCUGCGGGAGAGGCUGGACACGCUCGGACGGCACCUGCAGGGCCCGGUGCUCACCUUUGCCGGGGGUCUGCCAGACGUGCCCGUGACCGCGGCGCCAGUCACAGCGUUCUACCGCGGCUGCAUGACACUGGAGGUGAACGGGAGGCCCCUGGACCUCGACGAGGCCGCGUACAAGCACAGCGACAUCUCCUCCCACUCCUGCCCUCCAGCCGCGCCCAGCACGCCCUAGGCCUGCGCGACACUCUGCAACCAGGACUCCUCAUGCCCUUCUGCCAAAGACCAGAAGGGAGAAGGGGGCUCGACUCCCCCGGGACCUGCCUCUGCCUGUAAAUACCUGUAAAUAGUGGGACGGGGUCUGCAGCCCGCACUCGCUGCGGGGUCCCGAGAGAGCCCGCCCGGCGCGGGAGGCAGCGCGGCAGGGCAGACUCAAAGAACAUAAGGCUCUAUUAUUUUUAUUACCAAAUGCUUCUGACUGUAA